AUGAUGAGUACUUCUCUCGUUGCGAGCUUGCCUUCUACAGUCAACGAAGCCAUUUCCAAAAUCGAGAACGAGUCCAAAUCAGUGGAAUCUAGGGAGGAAAUGGAAAUUGCCAUUGGUCCUUUCAAUGUGUUUCACGGAGUAUAUCAAGUUCCAGACGGAGCGUCCGAAGUCGGUUUAGGUGCGAAGACAAGUAUCCCAGUGGUGGAGGAACGCGCUGUCAACAAAUGCGACAACCUGUCUUUUCCGGAAGGCACCGUCUCACCAUCGAACCUAGGCAAGUCUAUGCAAGCCACUGAUUUCGCAACGGCCGAUGUCGCCGGAAGCUGCGGUCUCAUUCUGAAUGAUCUCACCGUGUCUGACGCUCUUGACGAGCUUCUCUCGAGCUCUCUAGAAGUCCUUCAAUGGGGGGACUUGUUCACCCGGAAUGCCGAAGUGAACCAUUCUCCCCUUCCGGGCUACUCCAUUGACGAAGUUUCAUGUUCCAACCAUGGACCACACACUAUCCUAGACGAUUGGACAAUUGGUGAAACGAUCAACCAGCAGAUGACGGAAACUCGAGGGUUCAGCAGGGUACGGCCUAGUGUCUUUCCAGAGCUGAACGAUGAUCUAGUUGCGGAUGCUCCGAUACUUUUGAAACACUUUUACGAUGAAGUCAUAAACCAAAUGGGCUCGCUACCGAUCAACGAGAAGUCUGCAUGGAGGAUUUUGAAUUUUCCUUCUGCCAUCGUCACACUCAGCCAGCUUACUAUUCUUAAACUACCCAGUCACGGUAUUCGACACGCCAACUUGUCGAACCUUUACGCCCUCAUCGCGGUAUCCGCAUUCCAUCUUUCACUCAAUUCAAAGAGCUUCCCAAAGAUGGAGAAACCCGAAGGGUACUGGAAACGUCUAUCUGAGAGGACAUACGAUUGUGCCAAGUUCCACCUGAAGCUCAGCUUGGAGGAGGAGUCUGCCGCCCCAAAGAAAGCCAAGUACAAAGAACAACUGAUGGCCGCCGCAGCUAUUCUUGCAACCGCCGUAAGUGUUCUCUAUUGA